AUGGCGAGUGGCAGCAUCACCAAGACUCUGCAGCACUUCAUCAACGACCCGAUCAAGUUCCUCUUCCAACUGAUCCAAACCCUCCUCGACUAUAUCCUCUCGCCUGCCCCGCCGAAACCGAAUGCUGAACUGGGUCGUCCCAAGAUCGCCAUUGUUGGAGCUGGACUUACGGGUGUUUCGUCUGCGUCGCAUUGUGUUGGCCAUGGGUUCGAUGUUACGAUUUUCGAGGCGGGGAGUAGGAAGAAUUUGGGUGGGAUUUGGAGUCGUGUGAAUAACACGUCGGGCCUGCAGAUCCACUCCAUCAUGUACCGAUUCCAUCCCAGCGUCAAAUGGUCCGAGGGCUAUCCUGGUCGUAAAGAGAUUGUGGGUGCCAUUGAAGAGCUUUGGAAGAAGUAUGGACUCGAUAAGAAGACCAAGUUCGAUACUCGCGUGGAGAAAGUGUACAAGGACAACCAGGGUCGAUGGAUCAUCAACGAUCCCUCGAAUGGUCGUUUCGAUGGUGUCAUUGCAGCUGUUGGAACUUGUGGCGAUGCGAAAAUGGGUCAGAUCAAGAAUCAAGACAAGUUCAAGGGCGGCGUCUUCCAUUCGUCUGAGCUAGACGGGAAGGAGGCCAAGGACAAGACUGUUCUUGUUAUCGGAGGUGGUGCAUCUGCUGUGGAGGCCCUCGAGUACGCCGCCCACGCUGGUGCUAAGAAAACCUACAUUCUGGCUCGCAGCGAGAAAUGGAUCAUCCCACGAAACCCCUUCAUCGACAUUCUUCUAUCUUUGAACAUCUUCGGCGCCGAAACUCCUCUUUCCUGGAUUCCUGAAUCGCUUCUACGGCUGUUCUUCUACCGCGACCUCAGCGACAUCGCGCCAGCGCCUAAUAGUGGCAAGGGCAUCUUUAUGGACACGCCAAUGGUCAACAAUGAUGUGUUGGAGCAGAUUCGCAGUGGCAAGGCGAGCUGGCUCCGUGGCGAUAUCAAACGUUUUGAGGAGAAUGGGAUUUUGUUCAAUCACCGCAGCCAGGGUGUACCGAAAGGUGGGCCUGGCCGCGAGGAGCUCAUCCAGGGCGAUUUGUGCAUCAUGGCGACAGGUUUCGAGCGACCAUCUCUUACCUUCCUCCCACCGGAAUGUUUCGAGGAGAAAUACGAGCCCCCGAACUGGUACCUACAGGUCUUCCCACCUAAGCACAUGGACAUCUGCGCAAACAACUGCACCUACGUCAACGCCAUCGGCACAGUCGGCAACUACCACAUCGGCAUCUACACACGUUUCCUACUCAUGUUCUUGGUCGACCCUCUUGCUAGGCCCAACGAGAGACUGAUGAAGACAUGGGUGGACUUUACCCGCUGGGUCAAGGCUCGUGCGCCCACUGGGGCGUUCGAUUUCUUCACCUACGCCGAGCUCAUGUACUGGUUUGCGUUCGUCAUCGUGAUCAACCCGUUCCGAUGGAAGUGGGCGCUUUUCGUGCUGUGUGGUAUUGGCGAGUCGUUGCCGAAGAGGAUUGUUAAAGAGGAGGAUAAGUUGAGGGCUUCGUGGGGAGCGGCUACGAAUGGUGUCAAGGACGAGUAA